CUUAAUAAAGAGCUGCUGUUUUUAUUAACAAACUUAUCUGUAGGCACUCGUCCAUGGACAACAUCCAGGUCAGACAGUCGGGCGCGCAUUUCGCACCAUCCAUACACGCCCAAGGAGGAUGAGACUGGAUGUGGUUGGGCUGACUGGCAUCUUUAGAUAGACGGUCCUCUGUCCAGUCCUUUCAUUUUGCAGGCGGGAAGGCAGAGGCUUGGGGAGGCUAAGCGCGGCGAGCUGGUGGCGGAGUGGAGCUUCCACUAGGGCUCCCAGUUUCCCCUCACCUUGCCCCGGUCCUCCCGGCCACCCACCCCAUCCGAACGCGCCACCUCUUCAGCCCGCGCCCAGGCCCGCGCGUCACCGACGUCCGCGGCCUCUCCCACCUCUAAGUUCCAGGAAGCUCUCGGCCUUUAGCUGGCCGCGCUGCUGCUAAGCUUUCCUGGGGUGGAGGCGCCGAGGUGCCCGGCCCGGGGCGAGGCCUUGAGGGCAGCGGGCGGGAGAAGGAAGUGCGGUGGGGCAGGUCUUGGCUGCGCGCAGUGCGCACUUGGGUUCUUCACGCGGGACACACGUGGAACGCCGCCCCCUGCGACCCCGGCCGCUAGCAACUGGCAGGGCCGAGAACAGAAGAUGGAAGAGCGUUCCAGUCUCCGCCCGGAGGGAGCCCGGGUCUGCAGCCUGGGGGCGGGGAGCGGGGCGGGGCCGGGAAAGUUGAGUACCGGUCGCGCUGGGCCGGGCUCCGCCGGAGCGCCCGCCGCAGGAACCGUAAAAGGCUGGAGCGGGCGGGGUAGGUGUGGCUCUGCUUGCGUGACCUGAGCCCCAGCCCCAGUCCUCGUCGUCUCCCGCGGCCGCGGCCUCUCAGCCAUGGGCGCCGUCUGGUCCGCUCUGCUGGUCGGAGGGGGUCUGGCCGGAGCGCUUUUCGUUUGGCUGCUGCGGGGCGGCUCUGGGGACACUGGGAAGGACGGGGACGCUGAGCAGGAGAAGGACGCCCCUCUUGGGGGAGCUGCGGCUCCGGGAGGUGAUCAGAGUGGCAGCAGCGGACUGAGCCCUGGACCUUCCAGGCAGGAGCUGGUCACCAAAUCAGAGCAUCUUCAAGAAAGCAAUGGACAUUUGAUUUCUAAGACCAAAGACCUUGGUAGCUUGCAGGCAGCAGCAUGCAGAUUGCAGAAUCCUUCCAGGGAAGUCUGUGACAAUUCAAGAGAACAUGUUCCUUCUGGACAGUUUCCAGACACAGAUGCUCCAGCUACUUCUGAGACUGGUAACUCUAGGAGUCACUCUGAAGUUUCAAGAAAUGAAAGCCUUGAAUCUCCUAUGAGAGAAUGGGGAUUCCAAAAAGGACGAGAGACAUCUGCUAAAGCAGCUACUUGUUUUGCAGAGAAGUUGCCUUCUAGCAACCUGCUCACGAACAGAGCUAAAGAAGAAAUGAGCCUCUCUCAUUUGAACAGUCAGGACCGGGUUGACCACGAGGAGUGGGAAAUGGUGUCUAGGCACUCGUCUUGGGGGGAUGUUGGCAGUCUUGAGGCUCCAGUGUUAAGCCCAAAACAGGGAAUGGACAAUGGAAGAAGCACUCUGGUGGAAGCAAGAGGUUGGCAAUUGCAUGGGAAAACAGAAAAGGUAGCAGUGAUGCCUGCGGGGUCUCAGCAAGUUAGUGUCAGGUUCCAGGUCCAUUAUAUCACAAGCACUGAUGUGCAAUUCAUUGCAAUAACUGGAGACCAUGAGUGUCUUGGGAGAUGGAACACAUACAUCCCACUCUCCUAUAGCAAGGAUGGGUUCUGGUCUCAUUCCAUUUUCCUGCCUGCAGAUACAGUGGUGGAAUGGAAGUUUGUGUUGGUAGAGAAUGGGGGAGUUACUCGCUGGGAAGAAUGCAGCAAUAGAUUCCUAGAGACUGGCCAUGAGGAUAAGGUGGUUCACGCAUGGUGGGGGAUUCACUGAUUCAGUUUGCAAACUAUUGGAGAAGCUGUAGAAGAAUGUGGAAGAGGCUGAGGUUGCGGAGCACACUGAAUAAAAUGAAGACAGUGUGACUCCAAAUUCAACUUGUUUCAAAUUUGCUAGUGGCUUUUGUCUAAUGUGCAGAAAUAUAUGUGUGUAUAUAUACAUAUAUAUACACAGAAAAUGCUUCCAGUGGAUGUGGACUUUUUUCCCCUGUGGCACUGAUUGAGGACUUGUGCUGAUCCAUUAUUACUUUAGGGUGUGAACCUCUUGGGGAGUGACUUGGCUAAGCUUCAGGUGUGAACUGUGAUCAUGGAGCAAAGAAAUUAACCAGCUGCCCAGGGUUCAAGCUUGAGCCUUCAGGUGAUCCUUAGAAUAUGGUAGCAAAAUAAGCCUCACUUAAACAUAGCUGAUUUCCUAUUGGUACAGCUUGAGAAACACUUUUUACUACAUACAAAUUUUAUGCUUAAAAAUAGUUAACGAUACAAAACUGUGAUUAGAAAAUAUCUGGUCUGGAUGUCAUUAGUAAAGAUCCAAGAUAAUGCUCUAAAACUAUCCAAUGUUUUGUUUGAUUUUCAUCUGCCAGGUGUGGUUAUGUGCUCUGAGGAUAGCAAGUAAGUCUUUGUCUUAAUGAUCUAAGGCUGAUAUAGAAACAAGGGGCCUAAUGAGAACCAGUCAUCAUGGAAGUCAGUUGCAGGAGCAGCCCAUAAGGAAAGGGAACAUGAGUGGGGUUGGGGGUACUGAGUGAGGUGGCUUCAAUGACACCUCUUAGAGGACUGUGAGGUACAGGCACAGCCCAACUGUAGGGAGGGAUGCACCCAUCAUUUACCCAUGGGAGGACCAUGUCUCUCCCACUGCUCUCCCCCUCCCCCACUGCAUCUGGACAGAUCUGUCCUAUAGCAGUCAUUUCCAUCACCCUCUUCCCUCUCCUUUCAUACCAGUCACUAUCUUGGGUAGCAAAUUUAUACACAACAGUGGUACAGAAGUACAUCUUUGCUCAGAGAAUACAGCAAAUAUUUAAACUUUAAGUUAUUAUAACUGAACAAAUAAUAAAACCUGAAUUUUAAUAUCA